GUAGUGUAGUAGCAUUUAUACUCCUUGCCAGUAGAUGCCGCCACAUUGUGUCCAUUGUUAGGACUGCAGAGGAGCCUUUAAUUUACCCGGAAGUAUUUGGUAUUUUUCGCGCAACGUUUUCAGUCCGAAAGAAUUUUCUCCUCAUUCAUUCAGAACAGAAAUAACACCAAUUCACAAACAUGAGUUUGCUGAAUAAACCCAAGUCUGAGAUGACUCCAGAAGAGUUGCAGAAACGAGAGGAGGAAGAAUUCAACACUGGACCACUGUCUGUGCUCACCCAGUCCGUGAAAAGCAACACACAAGUCCUCGUCAACUGCCGCAACAACAAAAAGCUACUUGGACGAGUCAAAGCCUUCGACAGGCACUGCAACAUGGUGUUGGAGAAUGUGAAGGAGAUGUGGACAGAGGUCCCGAAGAGUGGCAAGGGGAAAAAGAAGUCCAAGCCAGUGAACAAGGACCGGUACAUCUCUAAGAUGUUUCUGAGAGGGGACUCUGUCAUUGUUGUGUUGAGGAACCCUCUUAUCACUGGGACUGGGGGGAAGUAGACUGAUAUCUCACCCAAAGUCUGUACCACACUGGGUCAUAAUAAUUAGUACCCACCAUCCCGCCCCGUUUUGGUCAGUUUUCUUCUGUUUGGUUUCUAGUGAAUACUACCCUGCUUUAGCUGAGAAACUACAUGAGCAGGGAAAUGUUCAUCAGGACACAAUGUUGUGGAAUGUUCAAGCCCCUUUUUAGAAUGAGCAGUCACAUCAAUCUAAAAUGUUCCACAGCAUUUGUCAAGUACAUGAGAUUGUUUUAGUCACUCGGUCUUUUCAAUCUGUUUGCUCUCCACACCAGGGCUGCGUUCAACAGGCCACAAUGUUGUGGAACAUUUAGAUAUAAAUAUACAAUGUGGAACAAACAUCGUCUCUGACGUCUAGAAUAAGGAAUCACGUCAGCUCUAUUCAUUACAUUUCUAUAUUAAACGUUCCACGAUGUUUGACUACUAAACGUGGCCCUGGGUCAAGUUCUGUAAGCAUGACAUGGAGAAACUCUUAGUAGUGGUGGAAUUUCUCCAACACUUUGUAUAUUUCUGCUUACUGAAUUCGGCUCAGAACUCGAUUAAUCAUGGAUAUUGGAUCUCUUUCAGUAAGGCCCAAGUUUUCAAAAAGUGCUCUGCAACAGGACAUCAACUAAAUCAGAAUUGAUUUCUUCCAACCUGUUAGAGCUGAGAGAUUAGUUUGACCAUAUGUGACCUUAAGUUGCCCUUUUGAACAUGACCCCUCUUAUGUUAUGAUUUAAUAUUGUUUGAUAUGAUUCCAACAUCCAACACACAUAAUGGAGACAAAUUAAUAUUAUUGUCUGAUCUUGUCAUAGUUUUUCAAACUGCUGAAUUUUGUACUCAAAGCUCCAAUCUGAUAUCGGCCUGUUUUAUUAUUGAGGCGGUGAUAAAAUUCCUACAAGGAACAUAUUGUUUUUUUCUCUUUGUUUAAUAUUUUAAUAAACAAAUGUUUUUGUUCUAUA